AGAUAUAAAUAGAUAUAUAGUUGUAUAUAACAUUAAAUGAGGAAAAUAUACCCCUCAAAUGUUAAUGGGUGUUUUAUCUGAGUAGUAGAAUAAUUUGUGAUUUUCAUUUUUUCUUUAUGUUUUUGUGUCUUUCUCAAACUAGUAUUAUUGUCAUCAGGAAACAGUUUUUUAAAUCUUUCACAUCCUUUCAAAUUCAUAUGCUACUACCUUUGUGAGUAAAAUCUUUCCUGAUCUCCACACUAAUGCUACUUUCUCUUUUGAAACACACUCUCUGUCCCCAGCACUUUUUUUUGUAAGAUUAGUUAUUUAUUUUGAGAGAGAGAGGGAGGGGGAGUUGCAGAGAGAGAGGAGAGAGAAAACCUCAGGCAGGCUCCAAACUGCCAGCGCAGAACUCAGUGCGGGGCUCAGACCCAUGAACUGUGAGCCCGUGGCCUGAACUGAAAUCAAGAGUACGAUGCUUAACCGGCAAGAGCCACCCAGGCGCCACUCCCCAGCACUUUUAUUGUCUUGGGUCAUUUCCAGCAUUUUGGUUUGUAUUCUGUGUAACCACAGGUCCCCAGGUCCCACAAAUUGAUAGAGGAAAGGAGUCGGGGAGGCGCAGCUAAUGAUAAAAAAGGUAACGGAAUAGCUGUUGCUCCAUUAGGAAAGCUAGAAUCUUCCUGCUGUAUCCACUAUAUCCCAGACUUUUUGGUCUCAUCCCCUCCCUGUGGUCCUGGCCAUGUCUCUUCCACAUUGGUGUUCCUAUGACCUGAGUCAGCCACGAUGCUCACUCUGUUUGUGUGUGAUGCUGUCCCCUCUCCUUCACUUGGUACCAAGCUAGGCCCCAUUAUUCCAUCAGCCUCACACCAUCUAGGCUGUGUCUCUGCCCUUCAUCACUUUGCUGAAGUGGGACCAUUUCCCACCCAGGUUGUACCUUUUAAAAGUUAUUCGCCUUCCCCUCAUUUUCUUAAUCUCUGAUAUAACCUAUUGCAUGAUGACUCAUGUUUUCCGGCUCCUUAGUACAUCCCCUCCCCAGCCUCCUUGCCUAGAUGAACUUGCACUGAGAUUAGGUUGGGAGCCAGAGAAAUCUGGCCCAAUCCUUCCCUCUCCUUAGUCAGAGGCCCCAGAUGGAAGGGUGCACAACCACUCUCUCUUGUCUGGGAGAUGGAGUUGUGAUUUUGUUUUAUAAUUUAUUCUAGUGUCUCUCUCCUGGGUGGCUUGUUAGCCUUCAUCUCACCAGUCAUUCCCUUUCCAGGAAGGCCUGUCUGCAGCAACCAGAACUGGAAGCCUGGUGGCCCGCUUGACAUGCCCUGUGCUUGGGUAGACAAGCAGAAGCAACCCUGCUUGGGCUGUCAUCAGUCCACCGUGUCCUCUUCUAAGCCUCUCCAUUAACUUCUUGGACAGGAGCUGAGGACCAGUCAACUUUGUACACUCUGUGCACUCUGAAGCAGCUCUUAACAUAGGAUGGUCUCAGACUCCUUAGACUCCUCAAAAUCAAGUGUACCUAUUUCUCCUCAGGCUAGAUAGCCCAGGUCACCCUGGACAUCAUACAGCACAUAUGUUCUAGCAGGAUAUGAAAAGGACUUUUAAGAACCCAAUGGCAGUAGUCUUAUGACAUUCUCUUGACCAUCUCCAUGACUCUAUGGGGCUCUAGACCAUCCUUGAGGCUACAAGAGUGACAAGCCACAACUACAUCAAAAUUUGUAGCAAAUAAGAGCUCCAGAACUGGGCGUGUCCUCCUAACAUGGCCUCCACCGCCUCCCCUCUGCCGCCUACCACUGAGGUUGCCAGUUCUGAGAACAGCAGCUCCUUCUAUGACUAUGAGUACUACCUGGACAGUGUGGCCUUCAUGCUCUGCCGGAAGGAUGAGGUGAUGUCCUUUGGCAGGACCUUCCUGCCAGUCUUCUACAGCCUGAUCUUUGUGCUGGGUUUGGGAGGAAACCUCUUUCUUCUAGUGGUCUUGCUCCGGUACAUGCCUCGCAGGCGGAUGACUGAGGUCUAUCUGCUGAACCUGGCCAUCUCCAACCUCCUGUUUGUGGUGACACUGCCUUUCUGGGGCAUCUCUGUGGCCUGGCAUUGGGUCUUUGGGAGUUUCUUAUGCAAGAUGGUGAGCACCCUCUAUACCAUCAACUUCUACAGUGGCAUCUUCUUCAUUAGCUGCAUGAGCCUGGACAAGUACCUGGAGAUCGUCCACACUCAGCCCCACCACAGACUGAGGACCCGGGCCAAAAGCCUGCUCCUGGCUGCCAUGGUAUGGACUGUGGCCCUGGCUGUCUCCAUCCCUGACAUGGUCUUUGUGCAGGCACAUGAAAACCCCACAGGCGUGUGGAACUGCUAUGCAGAUUUCGGAGGACAUGGGACCAUCUGGAAGCUCUUUCUCCGUUUCCAGCAGAACCUCCUGGGGUUUCUCCUUCCACUCCUUGUCAUGAUCUUCUUCUACUCCCGCAUUGGCUCUGUGCUGGUCAGGCUGAGGCCCCCAGGCCAGGGCCGGGCUCUGAAGAUAGUCGUAGCCCUCGUGGUGGCCUUCUUUGUGCUGUGGUUCCCAUACAACCUCACCUUGUUUCUGCACUCACUGCUGGACCUGCAAAUCUUUGGGGACUGCAAGGUUAGCCAGCACUUGGACUAUGCCCUGCAGGUGACAGAGAGCAUUGCCUUCCUUCACUGCUGCUUCACUCCCAUUCUCUAUGCCUUCUCCAGCCGCCACUUCCGCGGGUACCUGAAGGCUUUCCUCAUCACUGUGCUCCGGCACAGCCAGGCACCUUGCCCUGCACAGGCCCCACUAUCCAGCUGUUCUGAGAGUAGCAGGCUCACUGCCCAAGAAGAAAUGACUGGCAUGAAUGACCUUAGGGAGAGGCAGGCUGAGCAUUCCCCCGACAAGAAUGACGCAGGAGAAAAUGAAGCCUGAGUGGCCAUACCACAGUCUGGUGAGAGUGGAUGGGACCCAGCUCAGUUGGGCAUCCACCCAAAGUCCUCUCUUCAAGGGCCUUAUGGACCGUGUUGUCAAACCCAGUGGUCAGUUCUCAGUUCUCAACCAUCAGCAGCAUUUACUUACUCCUGCCUCUUCCUUUCACUUUCUUUAUUGCCUUCCAGGAAAUCAUACUCUCUUGCAUGAAUCGCUACAGUAGUGUCCUAACUGACCUCUGUGCUUCUUAUCAUCAUGCUAUGUCCUGUCAUCUAAUCUGCUCCCAGCAGCCAGCACGAUCACCCACCCUCAGCCAUCACUGCCGUCUUCCUCAGAGUAGUCCAAGGCUUGCCACCCACCAGUGUGCCCUCUUCCCUGUAGUUCAGCUGGGAAAAUAUUGUUGCAGUAUCAUUUAAUGUCACAGCUUUGAUGGCACUGCCAAGGGUCUGGCAAGCCGGAGGGCCUGGAAGUGCCCCACCUGGGGAACUUCCCAGGAGCAUGAGAGUCAGCAGGUGGGAUGCCAGGUGAACAUGGCAGUCCAGGAGGCUCUUCCUUCUUGUGCUUCCCAGGCCCCACUCUGGAGCCUUCAAGGGUCCCUGGGGCCUGCACAAUCAAGUCUAAAUUUUUCGUCUGGCUUCAGGGCUGGAGCUUUCACAUGUAGAAUCCCAUACGCCAUCUUACCCUUAUAGUCCGUCAUUCCUUUUCACUUCCUGGACACCAGGAACCCCUUGUCUCUUACACAUUCCCACCUCUAUGUUUUGUGCUUGCCCACUUUCUUCUGUAACAGGGAUCAUUUUUUCAGCCAGCUGUCCCCUCAUCCUUGUUCUUUAGCUGUCUCUCCUAAGGCCCCAGAGUCCCACUGUCAGGAAGGACUCUGAGCUCCAUUGGUGCCCUGGGAAAUGAAGCUCUGUAUCUGAAGGUGGUGAUUUGUUUGAGGAUGUGGGGGAGUGGGGUUCUAUUUUAGAGCUCCUGAAAUCUGGUGCACAAGGGACCUCAGUCCUGCCCACAUAGCAGCCUGACUGGUGAGAUACAGCCUGAGCUGUAACAACUGGGUCUAGGUACCCAGAGUGUCUGACAUCGUAUCCAUGAUGCAUAGAUGAGAUGGGAUAAGGUAUGCCAGCCAAGGGACACCUAGCAGGGCUUAUCCCCAGCACUGGCAGAUGUGUGUGCGUAUAGUCUAUGUGCACGUGUCUGUGUUGCUGUGUGGGCUGUGCAUAGUACAUAUAGCUAUGUGGAUCUGACAUGAAUAUGUCACUGUGUCCCCUGGGCCUUGUGUCUGUGUGUUCCUAUGUGUCUUUCUCUAGCUGUGUAAGUGUGGGUAUGUGCUCUCUGCAAACAACAGGUAUAUAAGAAGUGCCCUGAAGCCGAUGCCCAAGGGGCAGGGGAAAGGGUGGCCACCAGUGACCCCUCGAUCCCUCUCACUGUCCUGGUUGCCAUGUACUGCAGCUGACCAUAGCGAGGGCUCUGACUACAGCACAGAAGGCACUGGUCAGGAAGCAAGUUGGAGCUGGGCUCUCACAGCCCAGGCCAGGACAGAGACCUCUUCAUCCUGACCUUACUUCCCAGUCCGCACCUCGGUUCCUCCUGCUGCUCUCCGUCUGCCCACCCAAAGGCCUAGUUCGCUGGCUACACUGCUCACGCCUUUCCAGGAAAGCUCCCAGGAUUCUCUUGGUCCUCAGACUCUGUGGCAAGUUGGACUCUUCCCCUGGCUGACCCAGGGAGAGGGACAGGCAUGGCUCUGCCUCUACCCUGUGAAAUGUGGUUUGAGGGUUUACAGCUAUUACUGCCUAUGGAAAAAAUAUUUUUCUUUCCCAGGUACCUGCAGUUCCACCUUUGGCAUGCCAUCUCUGAUCUUACUUUGUUAUAAGCUAUCCUUAGAGAAUACACAUAGUGGGCUUUUCUUUGAGGGAGAAAAAAUUUGGUGCAGAAAUGAGGAUUUGGGGGUCAGGACUGUUGUGUCAGGACAGGUAGUGAUUAGAUGUAUCCUUGGGGGUCUCAAUCUUCCUACUGCCUCAAGGUCCUUGCUAGGGAAGGAAGGGUGGCCCUUGCAGAGAGUGUGUCCAGUCCCCAUGCAAGGGCCGUAGGACUACAGGUGCCAUGGGCCCCUCCUGUGCCCGCACCUGGGAUUGGCCCCUAUAUGCACACUAUAAUCCUGGGUGCUCACUGCUUCCUGGGAGGCCUGUUGUUAUGGGCUGUGUGACUGUAUACUUGUAGUCGCCCCACACCUCUGACCCACUGAGGCUUCCCUUGGUCCCAGGUAUACCCUCAAACAUGCAGUUCCUGGGAGAUCACUCUCAGUUGAGACCUCUUGGUCUUGACUUAAUGGAUUUGGGCCCUCUGUCCUGCUCCCCAGCCUGUUGACAGGCCAGGCCCUUGGUCUAGAUUUCUUUGGGUAUAGGGAAAAUGAGGGGGUAUAGCACCUGAGCAGUGCCCAGGAGGUGUGUGAAGGCCCUGCAUCUUUGCCUGUAUCCCAAUACCUGCUCUGGCACAGGGCCUGGCUGUGUGGGGAGGUCAUUGAUAAGCUCUCCAUGGUGGUUUCCAGCCUCUCAGUCCCCUUCUCCCUCCCCUGUUCUCCCUGUGUGUCUCUUCUUGUGCUCCUGGCCCCUUGUGGGAUAGGUUAGGAUAUCCUGGCUUCUCCAAGGCAGUCAGAGCUCUGUCAGGCUCUAGACAGAGGUUGUCAUUUGGGGGCAGUUAGACCCAGAGGAAGGCAGACUCUGGCCCACAGUCACAUAGCUAGUGGGGACAGACUCCUGCCUCCAGCCCCAGCCCCAGCCCCAGCCCUUGCCUGAGUUACUCUAAUAGCCUGUUAUCUUGGCAAAACUCAGGGCAGAACAGCCAGCCUCAAAAAAAUGCAGGAGGCCAGUCACAGAUUUGGGAGAGGUGAGUGGAGAGAAGCCCCACUAGGCAUCCUUGCAGGGGGUCUCUGCUGCCCAGCCUCCCUUCUCCAGGACCCUACGCCAGCUCCCAGUCACUGCUCCUCCUGUCCCAGCCCCAGCCACAGCCAGGCCCUGCCAUCAGCCAGCUGUGGCUCUGGUAGCAGCACUUCCAGCCCUGGUAGGCAGGCCUGGCAAUGGGACUGUCUCCAUUUCACAUGCCAGGAAGCUGAGUGAGGCCAGGGAGGGGAAGGAAUGAUUUGAGGAUAUGAAGUAAAGUAGCUGAGACUGAGCCAAUUUUCUAUCAUUUAAUCUCCAUUUAGGGAAUUGGGGGUCAGGGAUGAAGUAAUAAGAUACCAAGCCCUGUGGGCUGCAGUCCAGGGGAGGGGGCAGGAGGAGGAAAGCAGGAAACAGAGAGCAACAACAAGUAACAGAUGUGCUGGGACACAAGCUGUGUCAAGGGAACCUCAGGGGAGGGAGCCCAUUUCUGGCCAGAGGCUGGAAUGGGUGAGAUCCAGGAAGGCCUCCAGGUUGGCAGUAAAAAGCAAGCAACUGUACUUUCCAGGCAGUUCCACUGGAGAAAGUUGGUAAGGCUGAAUUGCACUGGACUGAACAUUUGGGAUCAACUGUGGCAAAAUUUAAAUGUCAGGUGCACGGAGGGGAUGGGGAACCAGAAAAGUGAAAGUAUGACAGGCAAAAGGUCUGGUGAACGGUCUCUGGCAGGUGGGUGCACAGAGGGCCAGGCAGGCCUGGUGUGCAGAGUGCUGAGUCAUAGGAAUGACAGUGGGGCUGGGGAAAAGAGGACAGUUUCGGAGGCACGACAGAGGGUUGAACUGACAGAACUGGGGCCUGACUGUAUGUGGGUGAGAGUGGGGAGGAGAUCCGGUUUCUCCCAGAUCUGUCCUGGGGGAUGGGGUGGGUGGUGGUGUCCUGAGCAGAGGCAGGCAGGGUAAUCCGGAGAAGGAGGUGGUUCAGGACAGAGGUGGGGAGACACAUGCUGAGUUCUGUGUGGGCCAAACUGAGUCAGAGGUGCUGUGGGACCCCAGCGGGGAGAUUGAGGGUCUGGAAGUAGGAGAGAGCUCUGAACUCAGCUGUGGUUGUGGAGACCACAGGAGGGAUUGAGACCACCCUGAGGUGGGAGUGUGGAGGGGAGACAAGGGCACUGAGGGGGAGGGGGGCCUUGAAUAACUCCUAUGUGAAAGGCAGCAUUUCUCCAGACCUGCUCUAUCUAAUUCAGGAGCCACUAGCCACAUGUGGUUGGUGAGCACUAGAAUGUGGCUAGUCUGAAGUGAGAUACACUGCAAGGGUAAAAAGUACAUACCAGAUUUUGAAGGCAACACACACACAAAAAGAAAUU